UCAUAAAUGAACAAACGAAGAGGCGGCCAGUGACGUCACUGCUGCAUCAAGCGGGAAGCAGCGGGCAGCUAGUGGGUUUGUUUCUCUUGUUUUAUUUAGCUGUUGGCGUAAAUAAAAGCAGCUGCAGGCGGAACAUGCCGCGGGAAAUUAUUACCCUUCAGCUUGGACAAUGUGGAAACCAAAUCGGGUUUGAGUUUUGGAAGCAGCUGUGUGCAGAGCAUGGCAUCAGCCCAGAAGGGAUUGUUGAGGAGUUCGCCACCGAAGGGACCGACAGGAAGGAUGUUUUCUUCUAUCAGGCUGACGAUGAACAUUACAUCCCUCGCGCUGUACUCUUGGAUCUGGAGCCGAGAGUAAUCCACUCCAUCCUCAACUCGCCGUACGCAAACCUGUACAACCCGGAGAACAUCUACCUGUCAGAACAUGGCGGUGGGGCUGGAAACAACUGGGCAAGUGGAUAUUCACAGGGAAAGAAAAUCCAAGAGGACAUUUUUGACAUCAUUGAUCGAGAGGCUGACGGCAGUGACAGUCUUGAGGGAUUCGUCCUGUGCCACUCCAUCGCUGGAGGCACCGGCUCCGGCCUGGGCUCCUACCUGCUGGAGAAACUUAACGACAGGUACCCCAAGAAGCUGGUGCAGACCUACUCCGUCUUCCCCAACCAGGACGAGAUGAGUGACGUGGUGGUUCAGCCGUACAACUCGCUGCUCACUCUGAAGAGACUCACCCAGAACGCCGACUGUGUGGUGGUUUUGGACAACACGGCUCUCAAUCGCAUCGCCACGGACCGACUGCACAUCCAGAACCCGUCGUUCUCUCAGAUCAACCAGCUGGUGUCCACCAUCAUGUCGGCCAGCACCACCACCCUGCGCUACCCUGGAUACAUGAACAACGACCUGAUCGGCCUCAUCGCCUCCCUCAUCCCGACGCCUCGGCUGCACUUCCUGAUGACCGGCUACACCCCGCUGACCACGGACCAGUCGGUGGCGAGUGUGAGGAAGACCACGGUGCUGGACGUGAUGAGGAGACUCCUGCAGCCCAAGAACGUCAUGGUGUCCACAGGGAGAGAGAGGCAGCCCAGCCACUGCUACAUCGCCAUCCUCAACAUCAUCCAGGGGGAGGUGGACCCCACUCAGGUGCACAAAAGCCUCCAGAGGAUCAGGGAGCGGAAGCUGGCCAGCUUCAUCCCCUGGGGUCCUGCUAGUAUCCAGGUGGCCUUGUCCAGGAAGUCCCCGUACCUGCCGUCCGCUCACAGAGUCAGCGGCCUGAUGAUGGCCAACCACACCAGCAUCUCCUCCCUGUUCGAGCGAACGUGCCGACAGUACGACAAACUGCGGAAGCGCGAGGCUUUCCUGGAGCAGUUCCGCAAGGAGGACAUCUUCAAGGACAACUUCGACGAGCUGGACAACUCCAGGGAGGUGGUCCAGCAGCUGGUGGACGAGUACAGCGCCGCCACGCGGCCCGACUACAUCUCAUGGGGGACGCAGGAGCAGUGAGCCUCGCAUGAUCCGUGAAGUGGCUUUGAGUCAAUAUGUGUUGCGUAUUUUCGGCUUCAUCACACAGGUCGCCAUUUAUUUAUUGACUGUGUAAAAGUUGUAUCUGAAGUGCCGCUCAUAAAGAAAGCUUCACGAAUCAAUGCAGACUAUAUUGUGCGUGAGGCGCUGUCUCAGAUCUUUCUUGGCCUUUGGUUCCUCCUCUCCCACUCCUCAGAACCCUCCUGUAGUCUCCUCGGUUUCUCUCUAUUUUUAUACCAGAGUUGAAGUGAGAUGCACCGUCUGCAGCCUCCAACAAUGGCGCCGCCACCGCUGACCGACGCGUACGUCUGUGGUUCUGUACUUUGCUCCUCUGCCAUCACUGCGCAUGACUAACCAGAGGUUGAUGUUGGACCCCAGUCAGACACAAGUGUCUGCUGCGGCUCCUACCAACGACUCUUUGUAAAUAUCUGAUCCAAUAUCUCGUCCUUGAAUGCGUCAUGGCGCUCUGCUUGUUGGACCUAUUUGAGAAGAUGAGAAUAAAGAAACAUGUUUUCCAAUAU